UUGAUUUGGUGUAUUCCCAUGGACUCCAGACGGUAUCAGGCACGGUCAGCCGCAGCAGGGUCCCAAAUCCUUCGUUGAACCACGACUAUGAAGGCGCUCAAGUUGACGUGUUUCGUCUACCUCUCGACAGUGCUCGCCUCUGCGUUACCAGAGAGCCAAGUCGUUCUGAAUGACUUGUCCAACUUGGAACUGCCCGCCGACCCUGCAUUUGCAGAUUUCGAGCACACAACGAGCGGUGGAAUUCACGGCAAGCAAUUCGCUCAAGAGGAAGGGAUAAUCUACGAACUCGUUCGACACCAAUACUUUGCCCAACAUCAACUGCGGGUGACGGAGCCUUCACUCUGUGAUCCAUCCGUAAAGCAGUACUCUGGAUACCUCGACGUGACCGAUGACAAGCACCUAUUCUUUUGGUUCUUCGAGUCACGCAACACUCCCGAAUCGGCGCCUCUUCUCCUCUGGUUAAACGGCGGUCCAGGUUGCAGUUCUUCGACUGGGCUUUUCUUUGAGCUUGGACCUUGCAGCGUCUCAGAUGACGGGCUCAAUACCACCUACAAUCCGUACAGCUGGAAUACCCAUGCCAACAUCAUCUUCCUGGAUCAGCCUGUCGGCGUCGGGUUCUCUUAUGCCGAAGAUGGCAGCAAGGUCGACACUAGCGAGCGCGCUGCAAAGGACGUUUAUGCGUUUUUAGAGCUUUUCUUAACUCGGUUCCCUGAAUACUCCAAGCAACCGUUCCACAUCGCUGCAGAGAGUUAUGGUGGCAUAUACGCGCCCAACAUCGCAAGUGUCAUUCACAACGAGAACCAGAAGCUUCCUUUCACGUCAACCGGACUCGUCAAGAUCAACUUAGAAUCAGUCGUCAUUGGGAACGGACUGACGGAUAGCUAUACUCAGUUCGCGUCGGUCCCGGAGUACCUCUGUGAAGGGCCGUACCCUAUAUUCGAUGACCCCAGUGGGCCGGAAUGCACGUCCCUCAGGAGCAAGGUUCCCACGUGUCAGAGACUCAUUAAAGCUUGCCACACUUUCAAGUCUCGCUUUGUGUGUGUCCCAGCAGAACUUUACUGCAAUGCACAACUAUAUGGUCCAGUUCAAUCGUCUGGUUUGAAUCCUUACGACGCUCGCCGUGUGUGCGACCCUGAGGAGGAUGGUCCUCUGUGCUACAAGCAAUUGACUUGGAUUGAGAAGUAUAUGAACACCCCCGAAGUUAAGGCAGCCAUCGGCGUCGCCCCGCAACUAGAAUUUAAGGCUUGCAACAUGGGUGUGAAUCAAGGUUUCCUGUUGCAAGGCGAUUCCGUGCGGGACACACCCGCAUUACUUCCUGAACUGGUUAACAACGGCAUUCGAUUACUUGUCUAUGCAGGCGUCGCCGACAUGAUGUGCAAUUUUAUUGGCGAGGAACGUUGGUUGGAAGUUCUUGGUACUGACUUCCUUGACGAAUUCCUUGACGCACCGACGGAGCAAUGGAUCACGUCGAGCUCAAAGACAGCCGUAGGUACUGUUCGGAGUGCCGGUGGAGGCAGUUCGCGGGCUGGGAAUAUCACCUUCGUAGCUGUCCACGAUGCCGGUCACAUGGUCCCAUAUGAUCAGCCUGAAGCAGCUUUGGAUUUAAUCACGAGAUGGAUCUUCGACCUUCCGUUGACGACGGACUUUUCGACUAGCUUCCUGUAGAGUCAGCCAACAGCUCUUCGGAGCUAAUGCUACUGCAGUGCAGCUGUACUACUGAUCUAGGCCUAUUAUUCCUUUUAUGUCUUCUGUGACUGGACGCAAUGCGACAAUGUGACAGACCUGCGGCGUGUGAUUGGAAGGGAAAGCGAGGCUUCAGCGUGACCUUACCAAGAGCGGCGCCCUAAUAUAAAUGGUUUAUCUCCCCUGGAAACCCGAUUGGGGUUCAAACGUUCACACUUAUUUCCCGCAGAACAAGCGUUA